UUUAUAAUAUGGAAACACUGCGUAUUUCCUGUCAAAUGCCAAACAAAAAUGUUUUUCUGGAUAGGGAUUGCUUGUUUCACUAUAAAUUAUUUCUAGAUACUUAUUACAACAAUUCAAAAUGGAACAAGAACCUCUGCUAGAAUUGGGAGACACCACUGCUGAUAAUUUGUAUCCAGCGUUGUUCCAGUGUUUUACAAUAAUCAUUUGCGGGUAUGUAGCUGGACGACUCAACAUUGUUUCGGCAACAGAAUCGAAGGGUAUUGCUACAUUUGUUGGUACUUUUGCUCUUCCAUGCCUCAUAUUCUUAUCGCUUGCUCGAAUAGAUUUCAGUGUUGUUAAUUGGACAUUCUUAUUCGCAAUAUUACUUGCGAAGGGUUUAGUAUUUUUUCUAGUCAUACUUGUUACGCUUCUUGUGUCGAAACCAUUGAAUUUGGGACGAGCGGGAAUAUUUGCUAUAUUUUGCACACAGAGCAAUGACUUCGCACUGGGACUACCAAUCAUAACCGCAUUAUACGAGAAGAGCCACCCGGAAUACGCUUUAUAUUUGUACUUAAUGGCGCCGAUAUCUCUUGCGAUUCUAAAUCCUGUUGCCUUUGUACUGAUGGAGGUAAACAAGCAGCGAGAAUACUCGCGUACUCAACUCACAGAGAGCGAAAGGAAGAGUUUGCACACGUUCAAAUUACUGAAACAAAUUGCAAAAGGCAUUUGCUUAAAUCCGGUCCUAGUAAUGACAGUUUUGGGUAUAAUAGGAAACAUAGUGUUCAAACACAAAUUAUCUAUUUAUCUAGAAGGACUAUUAGAGGUUUUCGGACAGUCGUUCUCUGCAUCAGCUUUAUUUUUGCUUGGGCUACGCAUGGUCGGACAAAUACACAGGUUAAAAGGACCAGCGUUAUUAUUGCCGUGUGUACUUAUUAUGGUGAAGUUAAUCAUCCUACCCGUUGUAAUGAGGGAGUGCGUGAGCUCAUUGAACGCGGGAGGGAACGAAUCCAAUACUAUUUCCCUCUCUACGUACGCAUUCUUGUACGGAACAAUACCCACGGCACCCGCAGUGUUCGUGUUCUCGAAUCUUUAUCAACUGGAAAUCGAUUUGAUGGCUUCGUCUAUGGUGAUAUGCACAUUCAUAUCAGGACCAAUGAUGUUCAUGUCCGCACAAGUUAUAUCUAUAAACAAAGAUUACGCGGAACAAUUGAAGAAAUUCGGCUUUGAUUUGUCGAUAGUAGCGCUGGUGGCUUCAUUAUGGGUGUUGCUGGUGUUUAUAAUAACGAAGAAAUACAAGAGAAUGCCGCAUCGAUUGACAUUGUGUUUAAUUGCUACUCAGUUACUGUUGGCUAUCAGUGUGAUCGGCGCUGGUUCCUACGACAAUAGUCCACCGUCAUGGCACUCGACCAUUGUACAAGCUGUACGAACAUUCAGCAUGUACUCAUGUUUACUGUGGACGUCUAUGCUCUCCGUUGGAAUGUUAAUGUUGCAAAGUCGUGGGCCGUGCUUCGUGGUGACUCUAUGGCCGGUGCUCGGAUUCGUGGCGUGGGGAGCUCCCGCCGUGAUGGUGGUCGUGUUGCUCGCCACCAAAACCACCAUGGACUUGGACAGUACCGCUGUUGACGCUAUUCGCCUUUGUUUACUCGUUUUCUGUCUAACUGUGACGACAGGUUGUCUCAUAGUAUACAUAAGGUUUAGGCGACGAAGCGCACAGUUCACUUCGCUGACGGCAGAUUACAGCUCGGACCAGGUGGAGGAAUCUAGCAGUCUCAUUGAUAACGCUCAAGGCUCGUCUUCAACGCAGUCCGCCUCCACGGAGGCUAAUGGUUCAGGUGGAUACGGAUCGAUAUCACCAAGUAGAUCUCCGACAAGAGCGGGUGCUACUAAUUGUUGUUCAAACGACCCGAACUGCGAAAAUGGGCUGACCAACUCGCAGGACAUUGAAGAUAUCGCCACUGAGAAUAAAGACUGCGCGUGCCCGCCGUCACAGAAGCACCGCUGCACGCAGGCCGGCGCGUGCGCGUACCUGACGGAGCUGGAGACGGCGGCGGGACAGCUCGGCCUGCUGCCGCCUGAACACUCACGUGGCCGCGACGGACAACUGCUCAAGCACACCAUGCUCAUCAUCGUCUACAACUUGAGCAUGUUUAUUGGUAUAACAUACACCACUUGGCGAAUGAUGCUGAAAGACGAAAGCGGAGUGUUCGUAGAGAUAGAGUUUUUGGACAUUGUUGCCAACUAUGGACAAGCUUUAGUUAUUUUUGUACUCUUUGGUCUCGAUCCUGGUGAAAUAUUGGUUCCUACUAUUAGAUACCUCAAAACUAAAUGGCAUGGUGCAGACACUGUAAUAUUACCACCUAUUGAAGAUCUGAGUUUCGAAACGAAGCAUGUUUGCGAUCAGUUUAUAACUCAUCAUCUUGAGCGUUGCAAAGAGGCUAUUGCGAAAGACACAAGGUGGCGCAUGCGCACAUACCGCGGCGUGUUCCGCGGCUCGUGCCUGGUGCGCUGGCUGGUGCAGGUGGGGCUCGCGCGCGACCCGCGCGAGGCCGUCGCCUACGGCCGGCACCUGCUCGACGGCAGGCUCAUCGCACACGUCACCAACAAGCACCACUUCACCAACUCGCCGUUGCUCUACACCUUCAACUGAACACCCCGCCACGACUACACUCGGCCGCCGUCGGUAUAACUAUAUAUGUCUAUAACAAAAUAUAUUGGGCUAGACUGUAGUCCAUUCGCGGUAAGAGAUAGUCAUUUUGUCAACCGACCGACGCGGCGACCCAUAACCAUUAAGAUUUCAUACAUUAAUUGUUUUUAACAUGUCGAUGUCAACUUGAAUUCAUAAUUUUAUGCAACUUUAUUGGUUAGAGAGCGUUGCUAGGGUUACGAGCAUAAUGGCACACAUUUUCUUAACGCAAUGGAUUAUAGUGUGAUUAAUGUAAUGAAAAAUAUGUGUAGUAUACCAAAACAUAUUUUUGUAAAUGGUGACUAACGAACGCGGGAACAUUAGUACCAAAUAUAGUUAAUGGCGAUUUCUAUAAACGUAUUUAACCGCUAUCUUAGAAUCAGCAGCGAAAAUGAACCAAUCUGGACUAUGAUUAUUUUACCUGUUUUUCUUUUGUGGUGCUCUGCGCCUCACCCUCGUUAUUCAGGACAAUGGAUUUUUACGUAUCUUUAUUUUAUUUUCUUUAUAUAUUUAUCUCUAUGUUGAAGCUUUCCUUUUAACAUUUUCUAUUAGUUACCUUAUUCUAUUAUUUGACCUGUUUACAAAUGACUUACUGUGAUGGGUUUAUAUUUUUUUACCAUUGAUUCUGUUAGAAUUAGAGUGUGAUUAUUGAAAUCAGCCGCCAAUUAUUUGUCUAUAAUUGGUACAUGCGCGCAGUUCGAUGACUUUCGCUUACAUUCGUAUCACAUUUAUACUUAGUCCUAAUAUUAUUUUGCUUCGUGUGCAUAAAACUAGGGGUAGGAGACUUUGAGCUAGAUAUAUUGUAUAAUUGAUAACACGUCACAAAUGUCUCGAAGUCAUUUUGGUUAGGGUCUAGACUACAUUAUUUUAAUGUACUAUUUCUUUGUAGACUGUUUAGUCUCGCAUCUAAGAGUGUUUUAGUUUUUUUUUUUUUUUUUAUUUUAUUUAGAUAUGUAUUGUUAUGGUCUAUUUAAUGUGUCGAAGCGAUACAAAUACGUAUAUUGCAAACGAAAUUGAUAUUUGAGUAUUUCUCAGAAUAAAUAUACGUAACGAAAUAGUUUUUACGAACUUUUAUUACGAAAUUUUCUAGCUCAUCAGUCUUUUUUUGUUUCAUACAUUUAUACUGAGAAUAUACCAGUCAGAAAAAUCGUUAUAAUAUUUCGUUACGUACAUUUAUUUCAAGACGUACUCAUUUAUUAAGAUAUAGAUUUUUUUUAGAAUAUUGAUACUACACUGUAUUGUAAGUUAUUUGACAAAAUAUAAUGUUGCUUCCUUUUAUCAAUGGACCAAUGAAUUAUAAUAGAUCUAUUUUGAAUAACGAACUACAUAUAUACUAUAAGUAGUUUUAUUUAUUUGAAAUAGUAAUUUUUACAUACCUAAAUGUUACCUGAUCUCAUAUUUUGUUGUUUUUAUUCUUUUGAGACUUAGUAAUUUGCUCUCUACCAUAACUGUCAUCAUGAGGUGUAUCGCACAUUAUCCGCAUUAAAUUCAAAAAUAUUUAAACAACUAAUGUAAGAGAUCAAUAUUUGAUCACAAAAAAUGUAAUUCUGUUGCUACUACGCGAUUUCAACUUAGCAAAAUGUUCUAACAUUAUAAUGUUUAAUGUUUUUGCUGUUAAGUUAUUUGUUAGUACCUAUUUAUGUAAAACAGAUCUGACGUACUUGAAUAUGUUACAAUAUAAUAUUAUAUGUAACCAUGUUAACACCGGUAACGACCGUUUUCUAUGAUGUGUUAAAAAUAAAUCUGUCUCAUUACUACAUAUCAAAAUUAUAGUUAGAAAAUCCCAAGAAAAACUAUAGUUACUAACUAAUUGGCACAAAAUUUAAACUCUUCCAAAUGUAGAUUAAGAUUUCUUGCUUAUCAUGAUCAUUUUCAUGACGUAAAAAUGUGAAGUACACAUGUUUGUAUCGUGUCUCUGUUGCAGAUAGAGAAUUUUAAAGUAGUUUAAUACUAUGUAUAAAGUUUUUGACGCACGUGUUAUAGGCGUAAAAUGGAUCAAUGUAUAAUUAGUGAAUAUAAAAUCGAAUUACCACUGAUUUCAACAAACGAUCCCAAACGCUUUUUCGAUGGGUCGGGAGAGUGGACCAAUCAGAACAAAGCUUUUUUAACGUGCUUACAAAUGACAUAUUUUGAUUGGUUCGAAGAUUAACGUUGGGAUCGCUUUUGAUAUCCGCCGUAAAGCUUCGUUAGACAAAUCAAUUAUUGCUAGCCAUAAUCGUCAGGACAUUGCUACCAAUAUUCGUUUUUUCAAUAUCUGCCAGGAGGGCUAGUACGACACAAUACGGCCGAGAAUAGCCUCGCUAUUUUACAUGUCCAGGCGGAAUAACUACUUUAAGCAGUAGUUGCUUACGAUUAUUGCUAGCGGUAAUUGAUCCGUAUAAAUGAGGCUUUGGAUUCGAUCAAAAGACAUGCUUGUUAUUGUUGUCAAAGCUUGGUGCUGGUGUAGAUAGAUUUAAGGCUGUUAUUGUUGCUGAGGUACAUAUAUUAUAUCUAUUUAUCUCCUACAGUGAAUUAUGUCACUAGAUUACAGUAGAGCUUCGAUUAUCUGAAAUAGUUGGGGAAUUAACCAGGCUUAUUCGAAUAAUCGAACCAUAUAUUUUUAUGUAUGUACCAAUAUAUCAAUAAAACGUACCUUUAUUAUAUGAUUUUCGUUUGUCAGAAUCGUAAAUAGAAAAUUAAUACAGAUAGUCAAUGUUUUACACGCAGUAAGCCCUUAAUUUUGCGGUCGAAGCGAGCGUAGCUGUCUGGAUAAGUGGUCGUUCGGAUAAUCAAAGCUCUACUGUAAUUAAUAGCUAUUAACUUUGGUGCACUUGUUUUAUUCAAUAGCUUAUCAAUUCCAUUUAUGCAAUGAUUUAUACCACUUUAAUUAAUACUUUUUUCUAGUCUGGAGUCUAACAUUUGUCGUCAAUGUAUCUAAAAUACAGACAAUAGGAUUAGAGCACUCAUUUUAAUAUUAUUUAAUCAGUGACAUAGAAUUGAUAUGAUGUGUGUAGGGACGCACACACUUGUUAUUUCCACACACAGCUAUGUGAGCUCCCAUAUAACAACACAAGCUCUACAAUGUGGAUAGCAAAAUGGGUUUGUUCUUUGGAGAAAAUCACAUAUUUGAAUCUAGUUUUUGAUUUUAGGUUGUAACUUAAACUUGUUGAUACAAUUUAAUGUGCAUGAAAAUUCAAUUUUAAGUCCACUAUAAAAUUGGAAUAAAAACUUAAAUAAAAUGUAAUGCGAGCCUAUCUUGAAAUAAUCGAUAAUAUAGAUACAACUUUUGUGAUAUUCUAUUAAUGACAAUCAUGUUUAAUACUUUCACCCUGAUUCCUAUGUGCACAAUAUUGGUGGGGUUACUUUCAAAUAUUAUAUGUGAUUAAGAUGCAACUAUAACUUUAUAAGUAAGGAAUGCAAAUUGUACCAGAAUAACUUACACAUGGCCAAAUAUUAUCUUCAAAACAAUUUAAUUAUUUCUAAAAAUAUUUAUCUUGAUUUGAUGAGGGCUGUUUAACAUCGUAUUGAUUAUAAUUUAAGUGUAUUUAAAAUAAAAAGAAAUUGUCAUUUGGUCCCACCUUAACAAAGUCCAAAUUCAAUGAUCAUAAGUAUAUAACCAACUACUGUAGUAUCAAAUAUAUGUCCUCGUGAAAUGAUCUCAGUAUAAUGGUACUAUUGUAAUUUAUACAUCCCAGAAUUUAUGACGUGAUUUUGAUUUUAAUAUUAUUGAAAGAUAAUUCAUAAUAUUUUAAUGUCAUUGGGACAAGCUAAAUCGCAUGUAAAAAUAUGUAUAUUUGCUACAUUUAUACACUUAGUUUGAAAUGUUAUCCUUUGUGAUUAUCAACUGUGUUAUUUUUCAUUAAAUAGGUAUAUUUUAUAAUAGAGUAUACAUUUAUAAACGUAAUAUGUUAAUCAUGUUACCAAUCAUGUUAUAAUUAUUAUGGAAUGAUUAUAAUGAAAUACAUUGUUGCAAACAUAAAA